AUGUUGGCGCUGGCCUUGACAGCAGAUCUUACGGGUGUCACGGACCUUCUUCCUCUAGAUACGCCCGACGAGCCUUAUUUCUACACCUUCAAAGUGCAGUGCACUUCAUGUAGAGAGACACAUCCGAACUGGGUCAGUGUGAGUCGUUACGAACAAAGCGAAGUCUCUGGAAGCAAGGGAGAAGCCAACUUCGUAUGGCGAUGCAAAUCAUGCAAAAGAGAGUCAACAGCGACGAUCAAGAACCCGCCUCACGUAUACACAUAUUUUUCUCCACCCAAGAAGCAAAACAUUAUCGAGUUUGACUGUCGAGGCCUAGAAUUCACAGAAUUUAAACCAGAUGGAGAAUGGCAGGCCAAAGGGCUGGAGUCGCCAACCAAGUUCUCGGGGAUCGAUUUGCAGGAGGGUGAAUGGUUCGAAUAUGACGAGAAGGCUGGCGAGGAAGUCAGUAUCAAGGACAUGAAAUGGGAGAUUAAAAGAGCUUGA